UCUCAAGGUUUUACUUGCUCCCGGCUUUUUAAGUUAUUGGCCUAGUUGGGUCACUAUGCCUGUCCUGCAUAGUUGUUGGUCACCAUGGCUGCAUUACAAAGACUUGAAUCUAGCCACUAAUGCUGUGGCAUGGUACACCAUGGCAAUCAGUGUGGUUGGCCUUACCUAUGCAAUUUAUGCCAUGAUGGGAGGUCAUUCAGCUGAUUUCUUCUCACCAUUGUUUGAAACAGAUCGGUAUUCCUCCAUGAUAGGAGCAGGGGUGUUCAUGAUUCUCUUCUGCCUGGUGUUCUUCAUCUUCUCUAUCCUCAUGAUAAAAGGAGUGAAGGUUCGCAUCAGGGGCUAUCUUCUCCCUUGGCUCAUCCAGUCAAUCAUUUACAUACUCUCACUUCUUGCCUUUGGGCUUUGGAUUCUCUGGAGUUACUACACUCAUUUGCCUUCUGUCUUGGCAUUUCUUCUCAUCUGGCUUAUAGCAGCUUUCCAUAUCUACUGCACACUAUGUGCCUAUUCCACAUACCAAGUCGUCAGAAAGGAACAGGCUACUGAAAUCAUGGUUUUUCAUCCAUUCUAAUUUUCCCCUCCAUUGAAUGUCUAUCUGUCUCCCAAGAAAUAGAUCAAUGGCCUGCGUUGUUAUUCAUCCUCACUUGUUUCCAGUGUAUUUGCAUCUCCAUUACUGGUAUAUCCUACACAUAUCUCACUAUUGACAAAUCAAAAGGUAGCUUAUGUAUAUACCUAUUUGUUUAUGCAUUUCAUUUUCCAUUGCAGCAUCUUUCCCUCCACAGACUCAGAUCUGUAUCAUUUGACGAUCAUCAUAUAUUUGUUCAUUUGUGUCCUUACCAUACGAUGAAUUUCAUUGUGAAGGAUCUCAUCUCACCCUUAUCUCUGAUUUUUACAUUUACUAAUUGUGCUGUG